CCUCGGUGGGCCGGCGGACCGCCGUCUGUCCUAGCCCUGUGAGACGUGUCCCGUCCACCGGGCUGCCCUCGGGUGGAUCCCUGGGCCUUUACAAUUAGUGCUUUGUCAUUUUGAUUUUGUCUUCGUUUCUCUCUCCCGUCUAGAGCAUUUGUUCUGUUCGACUGAUUGUCAUCCAUCCAUCCAUUUUCUGAGCCGCUUCUCCUCACUAGGGUCGCGGGCGUGCUGGAGCCUAUCCCAGCUGUCAUCAGGCAGGAGGCGGGGUACACCCAGAACUGGUUGCCAGCCAAUCGCAGGGCACAUACAAACAAACAACCAUUCGCACUCACAGUCACGCCUACGGGCAAUUUAGAGUCUCCAAUUCAUGCGACUGAUUGUCAAUAAACUUCAAUUCUAAAUUUAUUAUUAUGAUUAGAGGAUCCUGGUAACUUCUAGUAUAAUCUACAGUCUCGGUUAGUGAUUCUCUGUGUGGUACUAGCGCCACGAGUGGUACGCUGUCUCCCUCUGGUGGUACAUAAAAAAUAAAGAUUUCUUUAUACAUAAAACUUGCAUUUCACUUUUUAGUACAAUAUAUUUUGCAUUUAAUCUUUAAGAACUGUUUGUUUUCCAACCUAUUUGUGAAUGUUUGCGGAAUGCUACAUCUUUCCAUUUACUUUGACUGUUUUAUAUUUUGAAUAUUAAUCAGAAUGGCUCAAUGGCUCAAGGAAUAAGUGAGCUACUGAUGAAUAUAGCCCCGUUUUCCAAAUAAUUUUGGAACAAUUUUAUGUAAGUUUUAUGUGCAAUACAUUUUAAUUGAAUCAUUAUUUUAGUACAGUUUUUUUUUUUUUUUUUUAAUCUUCCUAUAUUUAAACACGGUGUGGCGGCACGGUGGGGAACUGGUUAGCACAUCUACCUCAAAGUUCUCAGGACUGGGCUUCAAAUCCCGGCCCCGCCUGUGUAGAGUUUGCGUGUUCCGCCUGCGUGGGUUUUCUCCGGGCACUCCGGUUUCCUCCUACAUCCCAAAAACAUGCGUGGUAGGUUGAUUGAAUACUAAAUUCUCCGUAGGUAUGAAUGUGAGUGUGAAUAACUGUUCGUUCAUUUGUGAAUACUAAAUUCUCCGUAGGUAUGAAUGUGAGUGUGAAUAACUGUUCGUUCAUUUGUGCCCUGCGAUUGGCUGGCAACCAGUUCAGGAUGCAGCCUGCCUCUCGGUCGAAGAUAGCUGGGAUAGGCUCCAGCACACCCGCGACCGAGUGAGGAUACGCGGUACAAAAAAUGGAUGGAUGCAUGGAUAAACACGGUGUUAAUUCAAACUAUGCAUCACGUUGCAAUGACUUAUAUUAUGAAAUAUACUUUUUAGGAAUAAAAAAAAAAAUCUCGUUUUUGCUUAACACUCAGGCCUACUCAUUAUGGUGGUACUUGGAAAGCUAAGUUUACUUGGUGUAAACAGGUUAAUAACCACGUUACAAGAAUUCUGCAUUUAAUUAGCCUGCAGAUAUCUAUCUAUCUAUCUAUCUAUCUCUAUCUCUCUAUCUCUCUAUCUCUCUAUCUACCUACCUACCUACCUAAUGAGCAGGUUAGCUGAAUUGGCUAACAUGAGGUUAAGUGUUAUUUCCAGGUAACGUAUUAUUGACUUGGUCAAAUUUACCUUCAGCUCAAAAUUUGGUCUGCUUAUGAAUCAUGUUGGGCUUUACUUUAAAUGUACAUAUUUUAGAUGAAAAUGUAGUCUACUGAGCUAAAGUGGUCGCUUUGGAGCAGAUUAGCUUAAUUAGUUUUAACAAUGGAUUAAUUUGCGGAAACCGGUUUCUAAUAUGUAUUUGUCUCCAAAAAGCCAACAUACUCAUACUCAAUUACUGAUACUUAUUGGUGCUUCCCGCUCAAAACGUUCAGAAUUUAUCUGCAAUUUAUUCUUGAUUUACAAACAAGAAUCAGUACAGUAUUGGUGCAAAGUUGCUAACCCUUAGCAUUUUCAGGCAGCCAGCUUAUGCUGCAUCGCCUGCGGCUCCCAUACAAACCAGUGUAGUUUUGGGGGUCUUCACUGCAUUUUGUUGUACAUUUAAAGGUUAGACAAUCCUUUAUUCAUCCCACAAUGGGGACAUAUAGUUUUAUGCCAAUGUGCUUUCUUGCCAUACAAACACCACCACUGACCCUUUAUUACCCAUCGGAACAGAAACCAUCAUGGAUGUGUUAUAGGGGAACAUGUAGUACAUUAAACUACUAUACAAGAGAAAUACUUGCUUAAACAAAACCUAAAUUCAUAUUUCCUCUAACUAAACUUGAGUUAAGAACAGUGGCUAUUGGCACUACUUGGUUAAACAGACCUAAUAAUGGAGAACUAGACGGUUACUUUCUCACCUGAUCAAAACAUGUUUUGGAAAGAAAAUUGGACCAUUAAUCACUGUGUUGAAAAAAAGUUCUGUCUUCUAGUCAGUCACAACUGACAAUAAUACUUUGUUUGUGAAAAGUUAUCUUAAUAAAAGCUAUCUUAACUUUUUUUUUUUUUACUUUUGGCGAAUUCCUCCAGACAUGUUGAAACAAAAAGCUUCUUUAGUAUGUGUUGUUACGAAAUCAUUGUCUUUACUGGCUCUGGGCGAUAGGAGUCAUGUUGACCUUGAUUGGUGUGUGAAACAUUUACAAAUGCAGUACUGUAUGCUCACCUUGUGGGACUCUUGCGUUACUGCACCAUUUAUCAAGGAUGCAAACUGUUUUUAGCAGUGUACACAAACAAAAUCAGGCCAAAUUUGAGCAUUUUUCCUCCCUUGCGAUCUAACGCAGCAAUCCCAUUCUCAGAUGCCUCUAAAUGUUUAUCCUGAGCAAUUAUCCGAGGCUAUUUUAAGAGUGAUUUUUGUUGUUGUCGGCCUCCCCAAGCAAGAUGUUAAAAAUUGUAGCUCGUUUCAACUGAUAUUCAAGGUUGCUUCCAUGAGAGUGAACACUGCGCAUUUAUCUUCAAAGCCGAAUGACAGGCUAGUUAGUACCUUUUAGUUCACUUUAAACUGGACCUUUUCAUUUGUGUCAUGCUUCAGACCAAGUUAAGCUUGAGCAGGAUACUGUCGAUAUAAUGAAAAUAAAAUUGAUUUGUCAACAUUUGUGUUUAUUUUAGACAAGAUAAUCGCUUGAGUAGUGGUAUUUGUCAACUGCCUUCUUACGCCUGGCACCGGAUACUAUCAUAAAUUAUAUUUUUUCAAAUUUACAUCUUUCUCCUCUUUCUGACUGGUAGGUUAUUGCGGGUGAAGUCAGUCAGCAUCAGAUGCUUUUCCACAGAAAAUGCACUUUGACCAACAUCCAUUUGUUUUGCUGCGGCAGCCCCAAAAGAAAGGGGGGUGGGGGGGGGAACCCAAACUUUUGUACCCUGGAAGCUGUUGUCAUGGUGCACGGGGUCAGUGCAAAGCUAUGGCUGUGCAUUUAGGGGCAUAUUCUCACAGAUGCUUAAGUCAGAAAAGGCGCACAGCUACGAGCUUCUCUGGCUGCUCAGAUUCUCCCGCGGACUUAAGUAUGUCAUGUACCCUCCCUCGUGGCAGCUUCACACUCUGGGUGGAGCAACCCUUAAAUGUGGAAGUCUUUUGGCAGAUUUAUUUUUUCAAUUUAAAAUGUUUUUUUCGCCCAAUGAAAUGUUUUUUUUUUUUCCAUUUAUCUUUUUCUUUUUUUCUUUUUGGAGGCUUAUUGGUGGUUUAUCCUCACUUAUUCAAGAAUUGUUUUUAGGUUAAAACAUUUAUUGAGGCUUAAUUACAUUUUAGGGAGGCUGAAGCCCUCUAAAAUAGGACUCAUGACACCACUGUCACGGCGUCUGCCAGAUAGCGAUGUCGUGUCCUUCGAUGGCUAGUUCAGACUUACCUGCCAUGCAAGAGUUUGAUUUUUGGAGUUAUUUAUACUCACUGAACCCGCAUUUGCUUCAUUUGUGCCACAUUGAUAUGCUUCUCCCACCUCAGUCCUCUUCAGCAGGUUGUUGUUCUGACGAGAGAGUGCUGUGAGCAGCCACGACGACACCUGUCCCCCGUGAAGUAAAAAUGAAAUGGAGCAAAUGCGCAUUCAGUGGAUUUAUUUCAUUGUGAAGCACAAUUCAUCAAGCGUUGGAUUGUUGGCCCACUAAUAGGGAAUGUGAUAUAAAAGAGGGUGUGGGUGAAAAUGAAACGAGGGGGAUAUCUUGAGCUCCUCAUCUGCUCCCAUUCAUGUGACUUGAACAUGCUGAGAUGAUCAUUGCUGGUGACAUUGAAUGCAAGCUUCAAUCCACCACAGUUACAUUAAAAAGUUUGAAAUAUAGUUGGGUAUUGUUUUAAAACACAACAUAUGUAUACUUAUAUACUCUUUUGUGUGGCUGAGACUUGCUCGCUUAAAACCCGGAAAUGACGUGUCGUCGUUCAGCUGAGUUUAGUGGGUGAGUACCAACCAUAAAGGGAGUAGGUACUUUUAAUCUUAAUUGACAAAAAAACUGGCGUGUCGUCGGCGAGUUCAAAUCUUAUUUGUUUUAAGUGUUUUUUGUGUUCAAAGGCUAUUGCAUUCAAUCGAAACACUGCAUAGAUGUCAACCUUAAUGUCACAGACUUCAAUUUGACCUAUGUUAUGCAUAAAACAGUAGAAAAACAUGGAUUCUGAUGGAAAGGGGAUUUUUACCAAGCAAGCCUUCAACAGUAGCCUGUUAUAGCCUACUGUGUUGCUUAAAUGUUGUAUUCUUUGUUGCCUUUAAAAAUAGGAAUACAUGAUGCACAUAUGUCUCGCUUCAGUUAAUUUGUAGUAGUCUAGGCUCUGCAUGGUAAGGCUUUAUAAUGCAAUGAAAGAAUGUGUGUGCGUGUGCGCAUGUGUUAAAAACUAUGUCCCUCCCACAAAGUCCCCGGUCCCCGCACACCCUCUACCCCCCCCCCACCACUCAGUGAAAUUGGUCUAGAACCGCCACUGUUGGCAGUCUUUGACUCGCAGAUGUUGAACAAGCCACGUAACUCCACUUGGGCGAUAGCAGACUAAAAAGGCUACAUAUGGUAUACGUAUGGUGACACGCUUGCACUCUGGAGUCUGGUUUGGAUGGAACAGUGAAAGCUACCUGUGUCUGUUGCAAAAUUUCCUGUCCGGAAAGAAUGGCUGAAGGAAUACCACGUGAGCUACUGAUGAAUACAGCCCUAAUAAAUGAACUGGUGGAAGUGGCAAAAGAUACAGCAGUUUUACAGGGUUUCGUUGUGAGGAUUAAAGAAUCCCCCAACUCAUCAGAGGAGGUGACUCAUGCUCCCAUCACACUCUUCCCCACGCCUGUCCCAAAAGCUCUUUUCCUCCAAGCCAUAGCAGUGCAAACUCACUACAAUACACUGGUGGAUAAGAUAAGCCGGGAUCCAGAAUUCCUGCAAGAGGCUCUUGGCAGGUGGGAUCCUGACCUCCAUUUGGGCACCAUUGCUGUGGAUGAUUUCACUGCAAGGUUGUUCAAGAUCCACCAGCAGGUCCUUAAACGAGGAAGGUUGCAGUCAAUUGUGUUGGGUCUGAAUAGAUCCGACUACAUGCUCGACCAAGAGGAUGGACCAUCAUCUCUGAAACAGAUCGAGAUCAACACCUUUGCUGCUGCUUCUGGAGGCCUCGCCUCCCGAAUGCCUGAUGUACACCGACACAUCCUUAAGGUGGCUGGCCGGCUGGAGGAGAGCCAGCGCAUCAUUGACAACAACCCUGCAGUGGGUUUGGCCAAGGCUGUGGCCAAGGCCUGGGAGCUCUAUGGAUCAAAGCGAGCUGUUGUCAUGUUCUUGGUGGGCGAGAAUGAGAUUAAUACCCUAGAUCAACGGAUAAUUGAGAAUGAGCUGUGGAAGUGGAAUAUUGCCAGCAUACGUAAGUAUUUUGAGGAUGUCUCUGAAUCCGGAAAACUCGAUGAGGACAAGAGACUGUUUAUUGAUUAUCAGGAGGUUGCAGUGGUCUACUUCAGGAAUGGCUACAACCCUCAGAACUACAAGUCUGAAAAGGCCUGGGAGGCUCGCCUGAUGAUGGAAUGCUCUUUGGCUGUGAAGUGUCCAGAUAUUAGCACCCACCUGGCUGGAACUAAGAAGGUCCAGCAGGUGCUUGCUGAACCUGGUGUUCUCGAACGUUUCUUCCCCGACCAGCCGCAAGUAGUGGACCAAGUCAGGGCCACCUUUGCUGGCCUUUACACUCUCGACAUGGGAGAAGAAGGUGACAAAACGGUAGCAAUGGCUUUAGCUACACCGGAUCGAUUUGUCCUGAAGCCUCAGCGAGAGGGAGGAGGAAACAAUAUUUACGGACAAGAGAUCUGUGAACUUCUUGGCAAAGUGAAGAACAGUGCCAAGAGAAUGGCCUAUAUUCUGAUGGAUAAGGUCCAGCCUGUGCCUACACAGAACUACCUGCUGAGAAGAGGCAAGCCCCACAAAAUAUGUAAUUGUAUAACUGAACUGGGCUUCUUUGGAGCCUAUGUCAGGCAGGGUAAAGACAUGGUGAUAAACGAUUGUGUGGGCUAUCUUCUGAAGACCAAGAGUUCAGAACAUCCAGACGGUGGUGUAUUUGCAGGAGUGGCAGUCUUGGACAGUGCGCUCCUCUUCUGAGAAGGUGCACCUGCACCUGGGCUUUUCAUAGUUCCUCGCCAUUAGUCACCCGUGUGCUCUCUUAGGGGUUUUCUUCUCUUCUAGUCAGCCACGCCCACCUAUUUAAGGCUCUGCUGAUGAUUCACUUGUUGCCGGAUUGUCACCAUUUAAAGACGCUACAGCCCUUUUCUGUAGAUUGAUUUUCUGUUGCUGACCCUGUCUGCCCUUGGCCUUCCUGCUUCAUUGUUCUCCCAGGAAUCCCCUAUAUCUUCUGCCUCUGACUACGAGUUCUGCCUUAGCAUGUUUGUCUAUCCCUGUUGGCUGUUUGGUGUUUUGCUACAUCAACAACUAUGAGUUUCAGUGUCCUGCUAUCCAUGGAAUACAGAGUAUUUCAUGAUCUGGCGCCCAACCUCUUCCACAUUGUUUAAAGACUCUUUAUCUGGGUUUUGAAGUUUACUGCCCCCCAUAACACUUUCCAAUCUUUAAAGGUCCCCUUCCAUCAGAAUAAUUUUUUUCCCCUACCGUUUUAUGCAUAACAAAAUGUGUCCGUGACAAGGUUUAAGGUUGACAUUUAUGCAGUUUGUCAUCCAUCCAUCCAUUUUCUACCGCUUAUCCGGGUCGGGUCGCGGGGCCAGUAGCUUUAGCAGGGACGCCCAGACUUCCCUCUCCCCAGCCACUUCAUCCAGCUCUUCUGGGGGGGAUCCCGAGGCGUUCCCAGGCCAGCCGAAGGACGUAGUCUCUCCAGCGUGUCCUGGGUCCUCCCCGGGGUCUCCUCCCGGUGGGACAUGCCCGGAACACCUCACCAGGGAGGCGUCCGGGAGGCAUCCGAAUCAGAUGCCCCAGCCACCUCAUCUGGCUCCUCUCGAUGUGGAGGAGCAGCGACUCUACUCUGAGAUCCUCCUGGAUGACCGAGCUUCUCACCCUAUCUCUAAGGGAGAGCCCGGACACCCUGCGGAGAAAACUCAUUUCGGCCGCUUGUAUCCGGGAUCUUGUUCUUUUGGUCACGACCCACAGCUCAUGACCAUAGGUGAGGGUAGGAACGUAGAUCGACCGGUAAAUUGAGAGCUUCGCCUUUCGGCUUAGCUCCUUCUUUACCACAACGGACCGAUACAAAGUCUGCAUCACUGCAGACGCUGCACCGAUCCGCCUGUCGAUCUCCCGUUCCAUUCUUCCCUCACUCGUGAACAAGACCCCAAGAUACUUGAACUCCUCCACUUGGGGCAGGAUCUCAUCCCCGACCUGGAGAGGGCAUGCCACCCUUUUCCGACUGAGGACCAUGGUCUCAGAUUUGGAGGUGCUGAUUCUCAUCCCAGCCGCUUCACACUCUGCUGCGAACUGCUCCAGUGAGAGUUGAAGGUCAGGGCUUGAUGAAGCCAACAGAACCACAUCAUCUGCAAAAAGCAGAGAUGCAAUACUGAGGCCACCAAACCGGACCCCCUCUACGCCUCGGCUGUGCCUAGAAAUUCUGUCCAUAAAAGUUAUGAACAGAAUCGGUGACAAAGGGCAGACUUGGUGGAGUCCAACCCUCACCGGGAACGAGUCCGACUUACUGCCGGCUGUGCGGACCAAACUCUGACUCCGGUCAUACAGGGACCGAACAGCCCGUAUCAGGGGGUUCGGUACCCCAUACUCCCGAAGCACCCCCCACAGGACUCCCAGAGGGACACGGUCGAACGCCUUCUCCAAGUCCACAAAACACAUGUAGACUGGUUGGGCGAACUCCCAUGCACCCUUGAGGAUCCUGCCGAAGGUGUAGAGCUGGUUCACUGUUCCAUGGCCAGGACGACCCAGAGAUAGGAGAGCCCGCCUCAGAGAACCCACACUCUGCUUCCUCAUGGGAAGGCGUGUCGGUGGAAUUGAGGAGGUCUUCGAAGUAUUCUCCCCACCGACUCACAACGUCUCGAGUCGAGGUCAGCAGCGCCCCAUCCCUACUAUACACAAUGGGCGGUGGCCGAAGGCGUGGACCUUGGCAGUUUGUCAUUUGAAUGCAAAAGCUUUCGAACACCAAAACCACUUGCAAUUGACAGGAUUUGAAAUUGCUUACAGUGUGAUGUCAUUUUGGUAAUUAUAGUCAUGUAUUCAUAUGUUACAUCUGACCACUUUGUGACUGUUACCCGCCCACUCAACUCAGCAGAACGGCAACACGCCAUUUCUGGGUUUUACUCGACCAAGUCUCACCCGCUGCGGAGCCAUAAAAAUCCACUCUAUAAAGUAUACAUACAGUAUGUUGUGUUUUACAACAAUACUUUACCUUAUUUAUGUAUAUUUCUUUAUGUAACUCUGGCGGAUGAAAUAGCUUGCGUUCAUUGUCGCCAGCGAUGGUCGUCGCAGCAACUAGCCGUUCACAUGAAUGGGAGUAAAAGACAAACUCAAAUUAGCUCCCUCUCUAAUGUCACCCACACAUCCAAUCUCAGACAUCUCACGUUCUCUGUUAGUAUGCCAAAACUUGGUGAAUUGUGCUUCACAAUGAUUUAUACACUUCACAAAUUGGACCUUUGUAUGUGUCGUGCUUCAGAACAUUCAAAACAUUUUGUGUAAUACAAAUAAAAUUUAUUUAUAAACA